AUGUCUUCACUUGACGCAUCGACCCUUUUUUCCGUCAACGGCCUUGUUGCGGUCGUGAGUGGCGGUGGGACUGGUAUUGGAUUGAUGAUACACGGGAACAUCAUACCUGUUGUCGCGGAUGUAACUGACAAAGCAUCCCUGGACGCUGCCGUGACCAAAAUCACUGAGGACACCGGCUACAUAAAUCUGCUGGUUAACAACGCCGGGACUCUUGGUCGCGUGCACAACGUCAUCUCGCGACCGCCACCUCACAAAAGCCUCCCAGCCCAGUUCACCGGCCAGACUGAUGAUGACCUGGGCACCGUCCAGGGAAUUCGGGACUUCUUGUGGAAAGAUGAGUUCUCUGACUGGGACAACGUGCUGCGAACCAAUGUCUCUGGUGUAUGGUUCCCAAGUAUUGCCUUCCUGGGUCUUCUCGACAAGGGAAACUCCAAGGAUAAUGUUGUGCAGAAGAGUCAGAUAGUCACAGUCGGGAGCGUCGGCGCCUUCAUCCGGAUUUUGGGGACGUCAUUCUCCUACAACCCCAGCAAGGCGGCUGCGAACCAUCUCGCUAAGAUGAUGGCGACGAACUUUGUGCAAUGGGGGAUUCGAUCGAAUGUGAUUGCUCCAGGCUACUUCCCAUCCGAGAUGCCAGUUGGAAAGGGAAAGCUGGAUGAGAACAAUAGGAAUCACAUCAACAUCGCGAUCCCUCCAGAGGAGGUUCCGCUGGGAAAGGUCGGGGAUGAAGAGGAUAUGGCAGCUGCCAUCUUGUUCCUGGCAGGGAAGGGAGGAAAGUACCUGAACGGGAACGUUGUGGUUACGGAUGGUGGCCGUCUUGGGAUCAGCCCUGCUGUGUAUUGA